AUGGUCACUUAUAGGUAUCUCACUAAUCCUGACCAGUCAUCCUUGUCAACCUUAUAUUACCGGAGAGCUGUUGAGAUGGAUGCUGAUGUAGGACAGGCAUUUAAUCAGCUUGCCAUUAACGAAACACCGCUUAACUCUGUGAGGCUUUUCUUACUUGCCCUAUUGGCUCGGCGGCCAUUCCAGAAAGCGUGGGAUAAUUUGAAGAGGACGUUCGAGCAGAAAGUGGACGGCCAAAUUUCUUGCUUUGCCGUAUCUUUGCCAUACAUUAUCAUGGUUUCGUACAGUAGGACCAAUCUGGAUAGCGAGGGCAUUCGACUAGUAGAGGCAAUUAAAUCUUUGAACGAUCCGCUUCGAGAUCGUCACCUUGCUUCUUUGCUUCUGAUACUUUCACUUAGCACCAGACUGGCUGUGGACAGUGGAAAUGGUAAGGUCGUUUGUCACACCUCUUGCACAUAUGGUGGUUAUGUAUAUGUAUUAUAAGA